UAUGAAGAUGAGUUUUUUCUUAGUCUUUGCUCUCGUCUCUCUCUUUCUCUCUCUACUUUUGUAGAAUUCUUAAUCAUUUUUGAGUUUGCUAGCUUUUUUUUUUUUUCACUAAUUUGCCACCCCUCUUCCUCGGUCUGCCACUACAAUCAUCAUCUUCUUUAAUCUAUUAUCUACAAGAGACCCAGCUCCUGAUAUAUAAUUUCUCUUUCAUUUUCUUGGUAUCCCUAAGUAGAGAUGUAUAGAGAGAAGAGGGUUAUAUAGGGAGGGUUUAGAGGAAAAACCACCUUAUUGUCUGUUAUUUCUAUGUUUGAUUGCAUGUUGAGCUCCUAGAUGGUUUUAGUGAGAGAGAGAGAGAUUGGAAAGAGAUAUAUCUGAAUUGGGUUGCAGUGUUGCUCAGACAAGCAAUCCAUGGCUAGAUAGCGACUUGGAGAAUAACCCAUCAUCAUCAUCUCUUAACGAGAUUUUGCUUUUGCUAUCCAAUGAAUGAUGCCUUUCUGUUUCUGUAAUUCACUGCCACCUGUUCAUAAACAAAGUUGUGUUUAGUUGUGUCCAAAGCUGGGAUUCUUUAUUUCUGGGGCUGCCCUUAGUUUUCUUGUUGUUUCUUCAAAGGUGCAAAGUGGGCACUUGUAGAAGGGUUAAAUUGGUAGAAAGAUAUCAAACAAAAACAAAGAAACCGUUUCUUGUUUUUUUUCUUCUUGGAGUUUUCUUGUUCACAGGCAUGUUCCCAGCAGCCAUGUCCAAUUCAACUGCUUUGUCUGAGGAUGCUAGUGUUUCUACCGGUAAUAGAGUUCAGGAUUUUUGUGGCUUAAAUCCAGUAGUUUCCACUGUUUCUCCUCAGCAGCAGCAGCAGCAGCAGCAGCAACCCAAGAUAAAGAAGAAGAGAAGCCUACCAGGAAAUCCAGACCCAGAUGCUGAAGUGAUAGCAUUAUCUCCAAAGACCUUACUAGCUACCAAUAGAUUUGUGUGUGAGAUCUGCAACAAAGGGUUUCAGAGAGAUCAGAAUCUUCAACUUCACAGGAGAGGACACAACCUUCCAUGGAAGCUGAAGCAACGAAACAGUAAAGAGAUAAAAAAGAGAGCCUAUGUUUGCCCUGAGCCAUCGUGUGUUCACCACCAUCCUUCAAGGGCUUUGGGUGACCUCACGGGUAUCAAGAAACACUAUUGCAGAAAACAUGGAGAGAAGAAAUGGAAGUGCGAAAAGUGUUCAAAGAUCUAUGCUGUUCAAUCAGAUUGGAAGGCUCACUCUAAAACCUGUGGAACUAGAGAGUAUAGAUGUGACUGUGGAACCCUUUUCUCCAGAGAUUCGUAAUUUUGGACUCAUUUUGGAAUUCACAGCAAAUAUUGGUCUUUUGUUCAAAGUACGAAGUCUCAUGUCUUUAGAAUAGUGUUUGUAUUUUGUUUCAAUCGGUUUGUUUUUUACAAGAGCUGGUAAGCUCUGCAUGGAAUAUAUCUGAAGCUUAAAUAUAUUGGCAGGUUGCAUAGAACUGGACACCAUUAAU